CCCUCCCUCCGCCUCAUGUGAUUCGGCCCUCGAGCCCAAAGGAAGGCGGAGCCCCGGAGGCCUUGGACCGUCCCGAGCGAGGAGGUGCUUUUCUGUCGAGGUGCAGCCCCCGUUUCGCCAUCUUACGCUGGCCUUCCUCGCGCGGGCGCCCCGUCCUCUCCUCUCCGGCUCAACCGGCAGCCCAGGGAGAGCUAUGGCGGCAGCGCGUCAAGCUUUGAGCAGCAGCAGCAGCAGCAGCAACAAGAAACUGGUGGAGUGUUUCUACGACGUGCUGUCUCCGUAUACCUGGCUGGGAUUCGAGGUAACAGCGGUGGAAGAAGGGGGCAUGGAGGGGGGACCGGGACAGUCUUUCCCCUCUCCCCCCAGAUUGCAGCACCCUGCUGGGACAGCCGCCCUUGCACCCCUCUCCAAUAACUCCGGCGCAACUUUGUUUUGCUCAGAUGCCCACUCUCCGCGGGUUCCGUCGGGUUUCCUUCCGUACUUAGGAGGGUCACGAAAAGUAGAAUUGCAAAGUCGGAAGGGUCCUGGUCGACCUGCGAUCGGCAGGUAGAUCGCCGGUGUGCUUCCGGUCGAUCGCGGUAGUUAAAUAAGUGGUCGCCCGGUCGCCCCUGAGCGCUCGUGACGCGCCCCGGGCUGUUAACGCAUUUAGUCCCCGCGUCGGCUGCUGCGCGUGGGAAGCAGGGAGGGCUGCGAAACGCAGAGUGAGGCCAACAGGUGUUUAGAUUACAAUACUGUGUUCUGGAAGAACAACCCGUUAAAUCUAAAACUGCACCCACUGGCAAUCCGAGGCUGCAAUUCCACUCCGGGAUUUCACCCGGGAGCACCCUUCCAGGUACUGCCACCUUGCACAGGAACCAGGUGCAAAGGUAGCUCAGCUGGUUACAGCCUGGUGCUGAUAAUGCCAAGGUUGCAGGUUCGAUCCUGUAUGAGGCAUCUGCAUAUUUCCCCAUUGCAGGGGGUUGGACUAGUAGGCAGGUCCAACUCUCUAGAGACUGCGAUUUACUGCCAAUAUAAUAAAACUGGCAGUGAUCUAUCCAUUGUCAUUGCCCAGAGUUGAUGAGCUUUUUUUAGGGGAGAGUCUUACCCAAGGGUAGGCAAACUAAGGCCCAGGGGCUGGAUCUGGCCCAAUUGCCUUCAAAAUCCGGCCUGUGGACAGUCUGGGAAUCAGCGUGUUUUUACAUGAGUAGUCUGUGUGCUUUUAUUUAAAAUGCAUCUCUGGGUUACUUGUGGGGCAUAGGAAUUCGUUCAUUUCCCCCCCAAAAUAUAGUCUGGCCCCCAACGAGGUCUGAAGGACAGUGGACCGGCCCCCUGCUGAAAAAGUUUGCUGACCCCCGGUCUUGCCCAACAGUUAUUAUGAUAAAGCUGCCAUCUGACUGCUGCAUAAAAUUGAGUGAGCAAAGGAUGGUAAAUCUAAGUGCAUUUUAUAAAUAAAAUAAAGGAAAUGACUCUGAAGUGGAAGCAGCUCUGGCAGCUUUUUCAAAUACCCAGAGGGAUCUCAGCUUCCCAAAUACCCGGUACCUUUGUACAGUAUAAAUACCUUUGUCUGAACUUUGCCUUGUUUACUGCUGCUGCUGAAAGUGUUGCAACUUUCCAACUGUUACUGAUCUCUUCCAUGUUCCGAUUGCGGGUGUUCAUUAGGAAUUGAACCAAAUAGUUUGCCAAGCUGUACAGAGGUCGCUUCCAACCAAUCUGCCCAUAGAGCAUUCAUCCUGAAUGCAGAAGGGGGUCGCCUUUGCCUUAAGCAUAGAAAUUUUAAAGUUUAGAAAUGACGUUCAUAGCUAACAUUAGGCUUUAGAAACUUGUAGAGUGGCAUGUGCCAAUGAUGCAGGAAGUUUGGGCAGGUGUUUGUCCCUCCCAACAUGGUCUAGAUGAUUAAUCACCAGAGGAAUACAGGAGUUGGUUGAUCCUGCCAUUUAUUUGACAAGGCUAGCUGGCCGCCUUCUCAUUCUUUCCAGCUCUUGCCCCAGCCCAAAUGAGAUUCCUCCGUAGUUUGCACAAAUAGUCAAGGCUACUGUUCAGAUUAGGGACGUGGGUAGCGCUGUGGGUUAAACCACAGAGCCUAGGACUUGCUGAUCAGAAGGUCGGUGGUUCGAAUCCCUGCGACGGGGUGAGCUCCCGUUGCUCGGUCCCUGCUCCUGCCAACCUAGCAGUUCGAAAGCACGUCAAAGUGCAAGUAGAUAAAUAGGUACCACUCCGGCAGGAAAGUAAACAGCGUUUCCGUGUGCUGCUCUGGUUCGCCAGAAGCGGCUUAGUCAUGCUGGCCACAUGACCCGGAAGCUGUACACCGGCUCCCUCGGCCAAUAAAGCGAGAUGAGCGCCGCAACCCCAGAGUCGGCCACAAUUGGACCUAAUGGUCAGGGGUCCCUUUACUUUACUUUUACUGUUCAGAUUGCAGAUUCAUAUUUAGAACUCUAGCCAACCCGUGUCCUUGCAUUCCUCCUGUUUUCUGGCAUUAACUUGAUUUUAUCUUUGGGCUUCCCCCAACCCAGCUGUCUAUUCAUGAUACAUUCUUAAUCUUGCAUCUGAUGAAGUAGUUUAUUCUCUGCAAAAGUUCAUACCAUGGUGAGCCUGUUUCUGAAGUACCACCUGCAACCUGUCUGUUUUACCCUCUUGCAGACUAACACAGAUGCUGUUUUGAAUCUGCCUUGCAAAAGUUGCCUUCUGUAACCUGCCUGCUGGCUCUCGAUAGCUUUAUUUCUCUGCCUCUGUCCGUCUCUCUCUGUCUCUCCUCGCAUGUGAGUUUUGAGCUGCUGCUGACCAUCGAUCAACUUUCCUCACUGAUGUAGGUUCUCUGCCGCUACCGUCCCAUCUGGAACAUGGAGCUGCGCUUCCGACCUGUUUCCAUUGCAGGCAUAAUGCAUUCGACUGGUAAGUGCUGAUUAACAGAACUGAGUUCAACUGAAAUGUACUGUAUUUUUCGCUCCAUAAGGCGCCCCAACAGCAAAGGCUGAAACAGUAAAAUCAGUUUUAGCAAUGGCAAGUCUGAGAGGGUUAAAAGUUAAUCAUUUUGAUGUUGCCUCAGCAUAUUUAAAUGCUCCUAUUGACGCCGAGGUGUAUUUACAGCAAAUACCAGGUUAUGAGCUGGAAAAAGACAGCAUGGUGUUAAAACUGCAAAGGGCACUAUACGGGUUGCACCAAAGUGCACGUCUAUGGCAUGAAUGCAUAGACACAACUUUGAAAAGAUUGGAUUCAAACAAAGCCUGGCUGAUUCCUGUUUAUAUUCAGCAAUGGUGCAAGGAAGUGUUUGUUAUUUACUUUUGUAUGUUGAUGAUAUCUGUCUAAUAACAACUGCACAAAAGCAAGUGUCUUGGUUUAUAAACAGCCUAGGUAACAAAUACAAACUGAAGUAUUUGGGAGAGAUUCAGAAUUACUUAGGAGUAGAGGUUCAGAGAAAUGAAGAGGGCGUCUACUCUCUGAGUCAGAAGGAAAAAAUUGAAAAGUUACUGAAGAUAUAUGGAAUGGAGAGGGCAAAUGAGGUUGACACUCCCAUAACUACCCAGUACAAAAAUGAACCAGAAGGGCAAAAAUGUGAGAAUGCAACAGCAUUUCAUUCUCUGUUGGGUUCUCUGUUAUAUUUAAGUUGUUGGACAAGACCCGACAUAACAUUGGCAGUGCACAUGUUAAGCCAAAGAAGUGCAGACCCUGCUCAGAGAGAUUGGGUAGCACUUAAAAGAAUCCUAAGGUAUCUGAAAGGCACAAAAGAUUACAAACUGAUACUGGAUACAGGAUAUGAUCAGCAAGUGUAUGCAUAUGCUGAUGCCAGCUGGGGGGACAGAGAAAAUGGAAAGUCUACCACUGGCUAUGCCAUAUAUAUUGGAAAUGCCCUGGUUCAGUGGAAAUCCCAGAAACAAACAUUUGUUGCCACAAGUACUUGUGAAGCAGAGUACUCAGCCAUAAGCGAAUGUGUGUCACAAAUAGAGUGGUUUGCUUGCCUAACAAAAGAGCUUGGAAUACCUUCUGAAAUGCCAAUCACUGUGCUAAGUGACAACAUGGCUGCACAACAGCUUGCUAACCAACAGAACUUUAAGAGCAAGAGUAAACGUAUUGCGAUAAGAUACGGAAAUGUGAAAAAUGCUUUGGAAAGAAAUGUGUUAAAGGUACAGCACUGUAACACAAAAUGUAAUGUGGCGGAUUUGUAUACAAAAUGUUUGGAUGCUCCUAAAUUUCAAGACUUAAGAGAAUUAUUAGGUCUCAAGCCUUUGACUUAAGGAGGAGUGUUGGGAUUCGCAGGAUACUGAGUAAGUCUGCAGGCUUCAACAGGAUGAUGCAAUACUCUGUGAAGUGCUGGGUCAGAGUGACUCAGCAGGAGUGUGAUUAAUGUGAUUGGCUAUCACCUGUUUUAAAAAGGAAAGCCUGUUCAACAGUAACCGUGGUUGUGGUGGUUGUGCUGUGGUAUGGUGGUGCUGUGGUGGAGAGUAUUCGUUUGCCUUAAGGAGCAGGUACUCUGUAUGGACUGUUUUUGUAAUUACCUGUAUAUAGCUCACAUUAAAAAGACUGCACUGGAAAACCCUGGGACUCUGAGCGUUUCUGCUAAAAGCGCCGCAAGGAAUCGCGACAAGCCUCUCCCGGCCGGAGGGGCUGCAUGUGGCUAUGGCAAUACCCCCACCUCCCGCAAAAGCCCACAGGAGCUGCGCACCCUUUAAGGAGCGCGCGACUCCUGCGGGCUUUUCUACAAGGAGGGAGAAGGGACUGACUGGCAGCGUCAGUCCCUUCUCCCUCCUGGAGAAAAGCCUGCAAGAGCCGCGUGGAGCUUGUGUGCUCUUGGGGGCUUUUCCUGCCUGCCUCCCCCCCUGCAUUCGCUCCAUAAGACGCAUACACAUUUCCCCUUACUUUUUAGGAGGGAAAAAGUGCGUCUUAUGGAGUGAAAAUACGGUAUAUAAAAUAUGUAGACGAGAACUACAUUCCAUAUUGGUCUCUUUCUUGCAUACCCCCCUUAGAAGCAGUCUUGCCCUGGGAAAAUAAAACUACCAUUUCCCAAGUCAUCAAGGCCUGUAAAAUUAGGUUUCUUUCCCAAGCAAGUGUUGCUUUCAUCUUUGUUCUGUUUUCAUUGCUUGCUUUCCAUAUUAUCAGGGAAUCUGUAGCUGCGUCAUGUAUUACAGAUCCUGCACUUAGUGGUUGUGAAGGCUAAUUUUGAUGAAAUUCAUUUAAGGAAGACGAAACAACACCACCUCGGGCUGUUGAUAUAGCUAUGGCUGUUUGUGGACUGGGAGAGCCUGGUUGCUGUUGCCCAUGCACUGGUAACCUCCAGGCUAGAUUACUGCAAUGCACUGUAUAUGGGACUACCCUUGAGGUCGGUCUGGAAGGUGAUGCAAAAUGCCAUUGUUUGGCUGCUCGCAGGAGUAAUGUAUCCACUGCUGAAAGAAGGGCACUAGUUGCCAGUUAGGUACUGGGCUACGUUUAUGGUGCUGGUUUUUGGUGUAGACAGUCUUAUGCAGUGUGGACCCAGGACACCUGAAAAAUGGUCACACCCCUUAAAUACCCAAUUAAGUGACUAUGGGGUUGUGGUGCUCAUCUCGCUUUCAGGCCGAGGGAGCCAGCCUUUGUCCACAGACAGCUUUCCAGAUCAUGUGGCCAGCAUGACUAAACCGCUUCUGGCUCAAUGGACACUGUGACGGAAACCAGAGUGCACGGAAACACCAUUUACUUUCCCACUGCAGUGGGACCUAUUUAUCUCCUUGCACUGGUGUGCUUUCGAACUGCUAGGUUGGCAGGAGCUGGGACAGAGCAACGGGAACUCAUUCCUUCAUGGGGAUUCGAACCGCCGACCUUCUGAUGGGCAAGCCCAAGAGGCUCAGUGGUUUAGACCACAGUGCCACCCGCGUCCCAUGAUGAUGAUGAUGCUGUAAGGAUGAGAGGUCGUAGGAUAUAGUAGCCUCUGUCUCUGAAAUCUCCUUAUUCUCUGCAACAGGUAACAGAGCCCCAGCAUUGGUGCCGAAGAAAGGAGAGUACAUAUCAAAGGACCUCCUGCGAAUGGCAAAAUACUACCAGGUGCCACUGCAUCUCGUAAAGGAUUUCCUAGGGUCUGUUCUUGAGAAGGGUAAGCAGAGGGAGAUGUUUGGUGGGGAUACAUGGAGAUAAUGGAGAAGAACUGAGAAGCGUUGCACAAUGAGUCCGUGGCAGCUCCGAGUCCAUAUGAAACUGCCCCACAAAAAUAGGACUCUCUCAGCAAGUGCACAAUUUUUAUGCAAGCCAACCUUCCUAAUAAGGGUUUUUUUUAAUGUGGGGGUUGGCCUCUUCUUCUUUGACAACGGGCAGGGCACUUUAUUUAUUUUUCUUUUUUUUGUAUUUUGUAGCAAUGGAUUCCUCCCCUCUUAACAUUUACGCUGACUCUCGUCCUUUUUGUGCCCAAAUGCAGGCACUCUGGAAGCCAUGCGCUUUGUCACAGCCGUGGAUAUGGCAGAGCCGCAGUUUUUGGAGCCCGUGUCUAGAGAACUUUGGAUGCGCCUUUGGUCCCGCGUGAGUAUGGUUGUACUCGUACGUCUCUCCAGGUGCUUCUGUGCCUGUCGCGAUUAUUUCUUCCGUUUAUCAAUUGCACAAAUAAAGCAGGGCAUCCCCGCCCCUGCCCCCCCCCCCCCGUUUAUCAAAAUGUAUGGUUUUGAUUAAAUUAACAGGGCCCAGAAUCCCUCCGUAUACUUCUAUAUUCUUGUGUGUUUCACCUGUUUCUCUACCCUGUCCCCUGUAAGGAACGUCACGCUACUUCUCACUGUAUCAGUGUAUUUGAAAACGCAGUAAAAAAGUUAAAUAUAAAAAGUAAUUACUUUUUAUCCAGGAUGCUUAGGCAAGAUAGUUGAAAUGCCCUUGGCCAGGUUUUGCACAGUUUUCAACCCCCCCAAAUCAGAUGCAGCACUCUGUGGUGGCUCUCCAUGGGGUCCUUAAAUCUCUUUUUACUGUUUCCCAAGGCAGUAUUAUAGCGCUUAGGAGCCACAGCCCAGGACUGAUGGACUCUGUUCCUCUUUGAUGGGACCAAUAAAGUUGUAUAGGUCUGGGUGGAAUGAAAAAACAAGGGGCAAAUAUAACUUGCAGGGUCUCUCCAUAGAAAUCAUUUUAUUUAUUAUUAUUAUUCAUUAAACUUACUUGUCGCUUGUCACCUGAAGGUCUCCAAGCGACUUGCAGCAAAGAAAAAUAUACAAUACAUAAUACCAUAGGGGGGAAGUGUGUGUGUGUGGGGGGUCAUAUUGUACACUAAUAUUUCAUAUAACAAAAGAUUUAUGGAAAAACAAAAAGAACAUACCAGCCGUAUGAAUAAUAGCAAACAUUAUUAGCAAUGCUCAAAUAAUAAACAGAGCAAUUCUCUGACCACUAAUUAGCAAACAAACAAAUAAAACCCAGCCUCCGGAGUCCUCCAGGGAUGGUCCAGUAUGUCUCUUCUCCCUUCAGCAAAGCAGGAAGAGUUUUACUUGCUUGCAGUUGACACGGCUAUUGCUCCUCAAAAUUCCAAGCCAUACGCCAUUCCUGUCACCCUUCACUUCAGUGUGAUCAUUGUAGCUAUAGCUUUGGUGAAGUGAACUUCUGUUCCUGGCACCCAUCUCCGUUAGGAUCAGGGAUGCAUAACAUGGAGUCCUCCAGUUGGCCAAGGGCUGAAGGAAGUUGGUAGUUCAGAAAGUGCCACAGGUUCUACACUCCUGAUUGAAGCGAGUGACAUGGCACCCUUGUCCGUGUGUGUGUGUGUGUGUGUGUGUGUGUGUCUUGGUGCUUUGUUUCUUGUAGCAGAAGGAAGUUAAUUAUUUUUGAUAUCUUCACUCUCUCUUGCACAGUCAGUCUCUUGUCUAUGAAAGAUUUGUAAUCGGUUGCCUUACUCCUUGUCUCUUCAGGAUGAAGACAUAACCCAGCCAGAGAGCAUCUUGGCAGUAAGUUUCUUUCUCUUGCGGUUCUGCAGCACUCUCUGUACUCCCGUUUGUGACACACCCUGCUCUAGAUGAGCGCUUUUCAUCCUUGCAUCUCCUGAUGCUGUUAGACUGCAGCCUCCUAUCAUCCAUAGUCCAUUUGGUCAGUAGUCGGGGAUGAUGGAAGUUGCAAUCCAACAGCAUUUGGGGACCUGAGGUUGAUGAAUUGGUCUAGGUGCCGUAGACUGGCCUGUGGAGAUCUGCUGGGUGAUCAUUCUUCUGUUGCGACAGAAGUUUAUACUCUUGACUUCAUGAUUGCGGACCUGCAGGAAGAGCUUUUCAGGUAGAAGAAGAAGAAGAAGAAGAGUUUGGAUUUGAUAUCCCGCCUUUCACUCCCUUUAAGGAGUCUCAAAGCGGCUGACAUUCUCCUUUCCCUUCCUCCCCCACAACAAACACUCUGUGAGGUGAGUGGGGCUGAGAGACUUCAGAGGAGUGUGACUGGCCCAAGGUCACCCAGCAGCUGCAUGUGGAGGAGCGGAGACUCAAACCCGGUUCCCCAGAUUACGAGACUACCGCUCUUAACCACUACACCACACUGGCUCUCAGGUAACCUUGCAGUGCAGAAGGAUUAGCUUUGUAGUUCUAGCUAGUCAGACAGAAAAUAUGCAGAAAAGGAUUUGUGUGAUUUUAUUUUCCUCCUAGCAUGGCUUUCUUGGUGUUGUCCCCCUUUUGUAAGGGGGGAAAAACUGACUUCAAUGAAAGCAAUUCAGUGUAGCUUUAGACUGCUUUCUGCACUCCCUGGUGAAAAUUCUCUGUGCCCACAUAUUCAGAACGUCCUGAUACAUGACCUGCAUCCUAUUUCUCUUGCAGUGUUUUGUGCUCUUUGGUAUGUAUAGGAAGGAUCUGUGGUUAAGUGGUAGGCUGUGUGCUUUGUGUACUGAAAGCCCCAUGGUGAGUCUCUGGCGGCUUCAGCCAAGCAGGCCUGGCAAAGAUCUCUGCCCAGCACUCUGCAGAGCCAUUUCCUGUCCAGGGAGGCAAUGCUCAGCUGUGUGGGCCAUAUGGUCAGAAUUUAGCGUAGCUUAAUAUUGACAAUCUGGGAACAAGUCAUUUCAUGUGUGUGCAUCUGUAGCACCCUGCUUGUGGUUAACGCUUAGCUGGAAUGAAAUAUUCAACGCAGCAAUAGAGAAAUUAAAAUAAUAAUUUAUUUGUCAGACAAAUAAAUGAGAGACACAGUGGUAUAUGGAUACCAAAGCUCUGCCUACUCCAGCCCUGAUGGCCAGCACUUAUAUUUCCUCAGCCCAGCCCCCUUGCUCCUCCUUUGGCUGCCUCUAUCCAAUCAGCCUGGUUGAAAUUCCUAUUGGUUGUUUGCUAGAACCAAUCAUAAAAGAUACACCCAUUUCCUAUUACCUUUUAUGGGAGACAAAGAGCUAUAUUUCCUUCUAUCCAUAAAUGGCAGACAAGUAGCCAUAUAUCUUACAUUUACCUCGACCAGGCACCUCAAUUACCAGAUAACCCUUGGCCCCUGUUGCCCUAUUCACUGCAAACCAGAUGGCUAAAGCAGAUGGUGCAUGGUUUUUAAUUUUUUAUCUUAAAGAGAUCUUGAGUUCACCUUCUCACACACCAUAAUAAGAAUCUAACAUAAGAAUCUAACAUUUCUUACUUUCUAAAUCCUUUGCAUAAUUACAUUUAAGCCAAUAUAUUUCAUACAUAACAUAGAUAGAUUUUUAGAAGGAAAGGCCUUUUCAAAUUAAAAGGAACUUAGUGAAAGCUAAGUUCUCUAAAUUCUCUGAAGCUUCAAAACAGCUUGGAGAGAAGCCUUUUUCCCUAUCCAGCUGCUGUUUCUAAAAGCAACUUCUUCAAUUUAACCUUUAACCUUAUGAAAAUAUGGCUCGAGUCUUCUGUUAAACAAUAAAUUUCACUAUUUACCAGCUCUUAAUUGUGUUUUUGCAGCUUGAUUGUAUUCUGUAAUUUGUAUGGCCAGAGUGACCUUUUGCUCCCAGCCUCUAAUUUCCUUUUACAACCCUGAAAUACUUUUUACAACCCUGAAAUACAGUGGGGCCUUUGAACAGGAAGAUAAACAGCUGCCAGAGUAUUCAGCUGGUCUCUGCCUGGCAAAUAUAUUUUUUAAGCUCAUUUUAAAAUGCAGAUCUUGAUUAGAUGCCUCACAUCUAACCUGGCAAGGUUGCAAAACCAGCACUUCCCCUGCCUGCUGGUUGCACCUGCUUCUCAGCAAAGCAAAUUCAUUUUUUGUUUUUGUUGUGCUCUCCUUUAAAAUACUCCAUGCCGGUUAAAUUCCUGUGUCAGUACCGGAGACUUUUUGAAGCGUUAUCCAAUUAACCUUGGCUAUAGCGACUGCGGCACUUGCUUUUCUCCAUCUGUCUCUUUUCAGGCUGCAGAGAGAGCAGGGUUGUCCUCCGACCAAGCUCGGAAACUCCUGGAAAUGAGUUCCUCACCAGAGGUGAAGAAUCGCCUGAAAGCUACAACAGACGAAGCACUAAAAUAUGGGGUGAGACACUGGCAUCGCAUCAGGCCAGGGCAGGGGAAGCUGUGGUCCUGCUGAUACUGCUGGACUCCCCAACUCCCAUCAGCGCCAGCCAGUAGGGUCAGUGAUCAGCAAUGAUGGGAACUCGAGUCCAACGGAUGUCUUGAGCUCUGCAGGUUCCUCUUCCUUGCAAAUACUUUAUCAGCAGCUGUGCAUCUUCCACCCCCUGCCCCUUUUUCCUGAAGGGUUACCCUGAGGAAUCAAGUGCCUGGAUGUCCAAACAAUAGGGAAACGGGCCAUCUGCUUUGGAUGCAGAAGGUCGCAGGUUCAAUCAUCAUUGGAUUCCUUCUGAGAGAAGGAGGAGACAGUAUAGAUUUACAACACUGGUUUGCAGAAGGUCAUAGUUCAGAGGCUGUAGAGGGGAGAAGCUGGGAAAUACUGGGAGGGGAGCAGCACCAGGGAAGAGACAGCUGACAAACUCAGUGUCUUUAGAAAGCAUUCCAGAUCCCCCUUCUCCCAGAACCUGGUGGGCAUGGAAAGUAGGAGAACAGAAAGCACAGAUCUGCCAACAUAGGGAUGACAUGUAAUAGGAGAGACGCAGGCAGUGGGGCUUUGCUUGGAGCAAUGCCAUUACUGCAAUGGAGAGGCACUUUUCAGAGCUGUGAAUAUCGAAUAAAAGAUUUGGUAAGAACUCCUCUUGUGUAUCUAAUUCUUGGCUGCCCACCAUGGAAGGGACUGGAUUCCCUGAAGCCAGGUAGGGCAGGUCAGAAAUCUUGGAGAGCCGCUGGCAGUCAGUGAAGACAGUACAGUGGUACCUCGGGUUACAUACGCUUCAGGUUACAGACUCCGCUAACCUAGAAAUAGUGCUUCAGGUUAAGAACUUUGCUUCAGGAUGAGAACAGAAAUUGUGCUCCGGCGCGCGGCAGCAGCAGGAGGUCCCAUUAGCCAAAGUGGUGCUUCAGGUUAAGAACAGUUUCAGGUUAAGUAUGGACCUCUAGAACGAAUUAAGUACUUAACCCGAGGUACCACUGUACUCAGCAAGUACUCAGCGAGAUGUACCAAUAUACUGAUUCAGUAUAAAAUUCCUGGAUCUGUGUGUCCUGGUGAGCCAUCAGGCUUUUAAGCUACUUUCAGACAACCUAACAGAACGGAAGUGACCACAUUCACUUCCCAGUGUUCAAGCUCCGAUAUAUAUUCCAUCUUUCUUAAGAACCUAAGUGUAAGAUAAAUCUGCAGCCACCAAACACAGAAGGCAACCUGAACCCGUUUGAGCUUCGCAGGUUCAUGUACAUUGCAUCAAAGUGUGUAGAUGAAGCAGUGCCCUCUUUGUGACUCUUGUGUCGUCUGUCUUCCUUCAGGCAUUUGGGCUGCCAUCUUUUGUCGCUCACAUUAAUGAAGAGCCUCACCUUCUCUUCGGUUCGGAUCGUUUAGAGCUGCUGGGACAUCUCUUGGGUGAGUGUUUUUAAUGCUGUUGCCUAUCAUUUAAUGGUCUUUCAGGUUCCAGUUUGGACUAACAUGCCAAAAGGAAAGUCCUGGCCACUUGCAGGUACUUAAAAAACCUCAACAACUUUAAAUACCUCAGGCUGUAUACUGAAUAUUCCAGUCCAUGCCGUUCACUCUGUCUAGAGAUUCUCAGGUUAUUCAGGAGCCCCCCGACACAAAUGUGGUACCUUUUGCAUGACUGAAUGCUCCUUCAUUUAAUCUUUUUGUGGGUGACAGAAGAGUUCUUGCCUAGCCUAGUUUUCACUGUGCUGGGAAUUAUUAAUGGAGGAGUAUUCAGUUUUGUAAGCAUCUGCCUUCAGGUUGAAUUUGCAUAGCUUAGGCAUCACUCUGCUGGCCCUUUGGAGAGUUUGAUCCCUUCCCCUUGUCUGACUUCCUGUAAAAUACCCAGACUUCUGAGGCAGUUGUAGUGACACAAACUGCCUUAAUCUAGUAACCUAUCAGAUGAAGUAGGGAAUUAAUGUCAUUUUCCCACUGCUGCUAUUGAAUUGGUGUGUUGGCUUAACUUGUUGCUUCUUUAAGACCCCCUUCUGCAUUCUGAAUCUAAUUUGCUCUCCGAUUCCGACUUGUUUUGCAGGAGAGAAAUGGCUGGGACCAGUUCCCACACCUUCUAAGCUUUAGCUCUGAGAGUUCCAGAGGAACAAUGGGAUUUCUAAGCGUCUGUUUCUACAAGGUGAACACAGGAGGGCUGAUGGGCAGAAGGCAACCCCAUAAACACGAUUUUUGAUACUAGAGAAGGCAACACAGCGAUGAUAUCAACAUGCAAUGCACCUCAAUCACACUGGUUUAUGUCUAACACACAUUUGACCCGUGUGAGUUGCUGGCAUACCGGAGAUGUAGAUACGCAUUAACAAAGAAGCUUCACUUUUAGUUGCUUAUUUUGGUUGCUGUUUCCGGCAAUAUAGUUAGUUGCUUGCAGAAAUUGAUAUAGAUGGUGUGAGUCAAUGAAGUGUGUAUUGCUCUUCAUGAGAGACUGCUCUUUGUUGGGGAUAUGUAAUGGCAUAAUAAAAGGGGCUUGGAGGUGUAUCUUGUCCAACUUGGUCAUUAGAGGGCUUCAAAGUGCUGUGGACAACAGCACAGCUCCCCUGCGCCAUUCCCAGAAGUGUUGCAUAAUAGCAACAUUUGAUUCUUUUCUGAAAUUCAGAUGCGUUACAAACAUCGGAAACUGACACGCACUACGUCUCUGUAGUCUGGUAGUGUCUACUCUGACUGCCAACGACUCUUGGGGUAUCAGAGGGUCUGUCACGACCUCCACUACCAACAAGAAAUGCCAGGAGUUGAGAACCUUUUUCAUACGCUACGUGCGCGCACCAUCAGUGAAUCUUAAUUUCAUUCAGACACAACUUGAAACAACUGUUUGGUACAGUGGUACCUCGGGUUAAGUACUUAAUUCGUUCCGGAGGUCCGUUCUUAACCUGAAACUGUUCUUAAUCUGAAGCACCACUUUAGCUAAUGGGGCCUCCUGCUGCCGCCGCACCGCCAGAGCACAAUUUCUGUUCUCAUCCUGAAGCAAAGUUCUUAACCUGAAGCACUAUUUCUGGGUUAGUGGAGUGUGUAACCUGAAGCGUGUGUAACCUGAAGCAUAUGUAACCUGAGGUACCUCUGUACUUUAAUUAAACAAGACAAGAUAAAUAUACAUAGAUUAGGAUACAUUGAGAGACUGUGGGUGGAGAAGGGGAAGAAGGGCCAUUGCGUUUCCAGCAUUGAAGCCCUCUUCUCCUGGGAGAAGCGUCUACAGUGAGCCUUAUUACAAGUGGAGCAGUUAGUUGCAGGAAGUGAUUUCUUCUGUGCUUGGUGAACAUCCUCUGCUUAAGUGCCACAGCUGAAUCAGGAGUGCUCUGAUGGUGUUUCCUGCUUGGCAGGGGGUUGGACUCAAUGGCCCUUGUGGUCUAUUCCAACUCUAUGAUUCUAUGAAUCGCUGUGGUGUUGUGCUUCACAAGCAAACAAGAACAAGAAAUCACCCUGAUUUCAGGUCACACAUGUUUUUGGUGGAUGUGUGUUUCCUCCCAAUUUGCAACCUUUGCUUACUAACAAGAACUCCUCCUGUAUCCGAAACCUGUACCUGGAUGCUGAGAUCAGUGUCACUGUGCAUCAAAGAACAAGACAAAAGUGUGUGUAGCACUUCAUCCCAAGACCAAAGAAUUUAAACUGAUCUCAUGCUUCACACUUUCAGUGGGGUGGACCUGUCUUAAGGUCACACAGUGUUUUUACCUGUUCGUCUUUGCUAAAAUAAGGCACGAGAAGAUAAUGUGGUGCAGGCCAGACGCCUUAUUUUAACCCCAAAUAGUUCUUGGCAGGAACACUUAAGAGACCACAACAAAGAUCAGAGCAUAUUGGUCACAGUAGUCUUUUAUUGCAAGCCCAGACACCACAGACACAACAAGCAUGGAGCAAGGGUCACAAAUUCACAUUUAUAGGUUCUUGAUGGCACAGAGACUUAAGGGAGAAUGGAGUGGUUGGAGGGACUGUUGUACAGUGAGAUACCAAACAAAGACCUGUUGAAUCCCAUGAAGGAUGAGAUGAACACAAACCCCUCCCACUAUCAGACACCUGUGCACUUUGGCACAAGAUACCUACGCUGCAUAAAGCAGUUGAGGAGCUCUCACAUACCAGGUGCCAUCCUUAGAGUGAUAAGGGCUUUCAUUCCUUAGUUUUAUAAAGCCUGUGCUCAGAAGAAUGGGUACAAACACAGCCUUCCUAAGAAGGCCCUGUGGGGGCACAUCUUGGGUUUUUACAUUUUAGCAGUUAUGAGGACAGACAGAAAGAUCUCUCUCCUCUUGUUUGUUUCUGAAACUAUGGCAGGAGACCCCUGUUCCCCCCUCUUGACUUUCUGAUCUCCUGAGGUUGCUGAACUAGAAUGACACAUGUGGGUGAGCGAAUGCCACGAUUUGGACUUUUGUGGUUGGUUUCCUUACUGCCUGUGGUGCAGCUGUCACUGAAUGAAGCAGAAAGGUCAGGUCAGGCGUUCUUGGGGAGUCCAGCAUCCAACUCCUCCGGACAUCUGGGUGAGCUGCUGUUGAGGUCUCACUUUGGCAUCAAAUCCUGCAAGCACAGACAGGGAAGUUGAUAACAGCUGAGUAGAUUCAAGGGACAGAUGUGAUCACGGGACCCCAAAGCAGUCGAACAGUAAGAGCUGUUCGACAGUGGAACAGUAAGAGCUGUUCGACAGUGGAAUUUGCUGCCAAGGAGUGUGGUGGAGUCUCCUUCUUUGGAGGUCUUUAAGCAGAGGCUUGACAACCAUAUGUCAGGAGUGCUCUGAUGGUGUUUCCUGCUUGGCAGGGGGUUGGACUCGAUGGCCCUUGUGGUCUCUUCCAACUCUAUGAUUCUAUGAUUCUAUAAGCAGCUUUGUUCUUCCUAUACUUCAGCCUUUGGUCAAGCUUAACAAAGCAAAGCAGUUCCAUCUGUGAAUGCUAACGAAGGGCAAGUACAUUCCCUAGACCAGAGUCGGAGUGAUACUAUACCAGGCAGCACAGCAGCUGGGGAACCAGCUUUUACCAGCAAUCUCCAUAAAGAAUCCAAGUUCAUAUAUGGAGACACACAACCAGGGAUGAGCAAAAUCUCAUGGGAAGCUUUUACAGAAAUUUUUUAUUUCCCUUAAGCCAUGAAAAGCAAUCUCAUAAUAUAAUAUGGAUGCAGCUGAGAGGGCAAUAUUCAGAUCCGCCAGGCUGAUUAGGUGAAAAGCAUUUCAACGCAACGUAUUUCCAAGUCCCACUGGGACAAUUUGCAAGCGUGUUCUGACAAGCGUGUGUGACAAAUUCAGCCAUGUUAGUUGGGUUACCUUUACUGGAUCUGAACAAAGCUACAAAUUGAUAUAUAAUUGAUCAGAGCAGUUCUUGAGUUUUUUGCUUCUUAUGGCACCUCCUGUGGCCACCAAAGCUGUGGGGCACAAGUAACCAUCCAAUGAGUUCUGUUUGCACAGAAACAAACCUGGGCAGAAUAUAAUCAUUGUGUCCGAUCAGGUACCAUUCAGGGGGCAAGUAACUCGCCCCCUGGAAAAGGCAUCUGAUUACCUUGAAAAGCUUCCACAGUCCUUGGGAGUCCCUCCCCCUUUCUUGAAGACAAACUAAUGAAGGAUGCACCUCCCCAUCAAUGACAGAGGCAGGAAACAGAUUGACAGAAGCACAAAGCUAGCCAGUGAGCAGAGAUGACUGAGCGC